CUCACGUAUAAAAUUGCAUUUCAAAGAAGUUCGCUGCGUACUUCAUACAUACGAAGUGAGUCCAUACCCACGGUUGUAUAGUAAAGUAUUUUUUGUUUAACUAGGUAAGUUCAAACAAUACCGUUUGGUACUUGACAAUCAAAUUGAAAAAUGCUGAAAGUAAUUAUUCUGCUGCUAGCUGUGAUUUCCAUAGCAAGUGCUCGACUUGUCUGUACUCCGAAUUAUUGUGAUGAUGUUCAAUGCGAAGAGCUAGAUUGUGAAGAUGGGCAAAUAGUGAAGGAACAUAACUCUUCGUGCGGAUGUUGCCCUACUUGCUACACUGAAAUACAAGAGGGUGAAAGUUGCUACAGGCCACCCAUUAUUUCAAAUUCUCCGCCAACAUCUGGCUGUGCUGAAGGCUUAACAUGUGAAUCAAAUGACAUAUGUAUACCAUCAUGUGACUCAGAUGAAUAAGAAUUUCUCUUAACGUGAAAAUAUUUCAAAUCAUGUUCAGCGUGCUAAAAAAAUGUACAUACUGAUAACAGUUUUACUGUUCGUAUUUUGUGUUCAUUAUUGACUGGAUUUUAAAGUCGAAUUACACAAUGUAUGUUUCAAUUGUAAAAAAAAAAUAAAAAAUCAGUAUGUAUUGUU